AAUGCCAUACCAGAGAUUGUCUCUCGCAAAUCUUUAAAAAUCAUUGUCUGCCAGCGGCGCUUUAAACAAUACACGUGUCGCAAGCUUCCACGAAAGAUUCAACACAGUUGAAUUCAGUUAAUUUCAGUUGAUUCAGUGAUCAAAGAUGGACGUAUCAGUGUAUUUAAUUAAAAUCGCCACCUGGAACGAGGAACCAAAACACUAAGACGCUUUUAAAAGAAGAAUCGCGCGAUGUAGAACCAUUUAGGACAGUGAUCGCAAAGUGAACAUUAGCCCGAAGUGUCUCUAUUAAGCAACUUAGGAAUUAGAUUAGAGCAAUCAAAUCCAAUGACAUUGUCAGCGAUGGAGCUGUAUCAAAGUCGCAACAAGAUCAUCGACGAAGUCUACGAUCUUCGAGCCCCUGUGCAACGGGAUACCGAUGAAAUCCACGUCGUGGACGACGUCUACGAUCAGACCAGAGAGGAUCGAGGACGAUUCGCCAAGUUCUCGAGUAGUCAUCAGGAUACGACGGAGUACGUUUCUGAUUCUGGCAGCGAGAGUUGCAAGGAGAUAUGCAGGAAGCAAGUCGAAAGGAAGGACUCGUCGCCUACGACUGUGUCCAGUGCAUUCACGAUUGAUAACAUCCUUGGAAGGAACGAGGAUCGCGACACGGAGGUAUCCUCCAGCUUGAAUAAUUCUGAGGACAGGGACGAGGAGCAGGAUGACAGGGACGAGAAAAUGGACGGAAGUCGGUUCAUCAAACCCACGGCGAUACCUGCCACGCACUCGGACAUGAGUGUGGGGUUGUACGCACCAUCUGGAUUAUCAUACUCGGAAGUCACAUUUUCAGAUCCAUCUGGAUACUCGGCGACGUCUUUCGCUUCCGCAUCCCUUUUAUACAAUAGCUGGUUUGCUCAAACGAAGCCUGGACAAUUAUUCGGAUUGCAAGCGCCCAAACCGAGCGGAAGGCGGUCCAGAAAGCCAGGAAUCGAUCGCAAACCCCGCCAGGCUUACAGCGCUAAACAAUUGGAAAGGCUCGAGGCGGAGUUUAAGAUCGACAAGUACUUGAGCGUAAGCAAACGAAUGGAGCUGUCGAAGUCUCUGAAUCUGACCGAGGUGCAGAUAAAAACGUGGUUCCAAAAUCGUCGCACCAAGUGGAAGAAACAGCUCACAUCCAGGUUGAAGAUCGCCCAGAGGCAAGGACUGUUUCCACCCACGUAUUUCCCGCCGACGCAAUACCCUCUGCUGCCAUACUACACUACACCCCUCGUGUUUGGGAAUCCAGCGACAGAUGACGCCAACGUAAACGCAGCGACGAUACCAUCGCGACCUAUGGUAUCAUCCCCAGAUACAGCCUGAACUCG